GUAACCACACAGAUGCAGGCAUUGUACGAGGAGCAAGUCACUCAAGUAGAUGAAGCCAACAUGCCAGCGAUGCCAUCAUUUCAGAGCGUGAAAAGUGCACUUUACAGGCGUUACAUUCCAGCGUUACCCAGGUCGCGGUCAGCAGUAGACAUUGAAGACAAAUGGUCAGAGACAACAGAUGGACGUCCCUUUCUGCUGUUCAGCGACGGCGACGAUGACAAGAUCCUGGCUUUCUCCACUGCAGAACAGAUACAAGCCCUCCAGGAAGCUGACACCCUUUACAUGGAUGGUACCUUCACAGCAUGUCCAGGUUUAUGGGAUCAAGUAUACAUCAUUCAUGCCAGAGUUGGCCCCAACACCUUCCCUCCAGUGUUCGCCCUUUUGCCAGAUCGCCAAGCAACAACCUAUGGCCGGCUUUUUCGACAACUGAAGACAGAAGUUCAAGAGCGACUCAACAGACCUCUGUCACCUAGCACACUUGCUCCGUCUGGGAUAAAUAAACUGUAAAAGUUAUUAAAUGUAAAGUGUACAUUACCAAAAACUGGCACAAAGUGUUGUUACAAACUGUAUAAAAUUUAUCAAAUGUAAA